GUGGACCGAAGUGAUCCAAAGUCGAGAUCGGCCACCAUCAAGGCCAUUGAAGACCACGUGGCCUCCUGGAAGCAUGGCAAGCAACCACUGCUGCUGUUUCCAGAGGGCACCACCAGCAACGGGGAGAGCCUCCUGGAGUUCAAGAAAGGCGCUUUUGUGCCCGGCGUCGCCGUGCGCCCAGCCGUCCUCUGCUACACCGGGUCCUGGGAUCCAGCCAGCGUCCACUACCGGGCCAACGAUGACGGCAAGAUCCAGGCGAUCGGAGACACGGAGUGGGCGGAACAAUUCCUGGGCCACAUGAUGCACUCGGUGCGCAUCCGCGUUUUGCCGCCCUACGUGCCGUCCGAGGAGGAGAAGCAAGACCCGCUCUUGUUUGCCAAGAACGUCCGUGAGGUCAUGACACAGGCACACGGCGAGCUCCGCGCGGAGGCGCAGAGGGAGAAGACAGAGUCCGAACGCCGCUCCCUGCAGGCCUACGCACACCGUGGGGUCGAAGCAGUGGAGGACAUGUUCCGAUUCACCGGCCUUGUUCGGGAGCGCUCGGGGUCCGCGCCCGCGGACUCAGGUGGUGGCGGCGAUCGUCACCAGUUGGGCUUCCAGAGGAUCCCGACGACCGGAAGUGGUGCCGGGCCCGACUUCGGGAUUCCCGAGUGUGGGGUUAGGGCUCGGUUUCGGAACCCUAAGCCCGAAACCCUAAACCCUAAACCCGAAACCCUAAGCCCUAAACCCUAA